UUGCUGAACAUUUGAAGAUACUUCAGACAGUGUUGGGACAUACUGGAUCGAAUGGAUUGAAACGGAAGAAAUCUAAAUGUCAUUUAUCUCUCAACGAUGCACAGUGGUGGUGAUUCGUCAGCGACUACUGGAAGACGGCUGAGUGGAUGCGCACAGCAGUGUGAAACACAAGAGCAGUUUAUAAUACCUGCCACACUCAGCACAAACAUGACCGCGGAAGAAAGGCGGCACUUUAGACGUUUCAUCAACUGCAUCAGCCAAUGCGAGUACGGAAUGACCAUUUAUCCUUAAGCUAGACUUGAAGGAAAGUUAACUGCACCACAUACCUAUGCGAUGAGCACUACCGUUAUGUGUGUUAACCUUGCUGUGUUAUGUGUCAAAAGCAAGUAAAACAUUUAUAAGUA